AUGGGGUUCAUAUCCCAUUUAGCAGACUCGAUUCCCGGUUUGGGCCAUAUAAAGGGAUUAUAUCAUUACUUGAAUGGAGAAGAGGAAAAAGGUGAUGAAGCUAUGUACCAAUCCAGCAGAUCUUCUGGGGUCAUGGUAGGAAGUAUUUUUGGUGGCCCAUGGGGCGGCGUAGCCGCUGGCAUGGCCAUAGAUUGCACUGCCUCUGCACUUAUGGACGAAGAGAAAGGACUCGUUCGAUCUUGCAUGAACAUGGCCGAGGAUAUUUCUUCCAACACCAAUCCAGCGUAUUCUGUAAUGGAUGUAGGUUUUCAUGUGGGUUUUGACGCAUUAAGUGGCUAUGGAGGAGGAGCGAGUAAAUCAUUUUCGAGUGAGUUUGGGAAAAAUAUGAAAAGAAGUGUAACGCAAAGUAUCCAAAAAUCUGUGAGGAUUUCAGCAGCAGAGAUCGCUAAGAUGGGAGGUCGGCAAUCUUCGAAAAGACUUGCAACAGCAACUGCAGUGACAGUUUCUAAAGGUGUAUUAAAGGCUGCGAAAACGAGUCAGACAGAUUCUAAAUGUGUAUUAAUUGCUGCGAAAACGAGGCAACAUAGAGAACGUAAGAGAUAUUGGAAGGAGGAGCAAGAUAGUGAUAUGGAAGACGAGCAUCAAAGUGAAUGGCGGGAGUUUCAGCUGUGCAGGGAAUGUAAACACCAGGAAGAACUACGAAAAAGAGAGGAGCAACAUAGAGAACGUAAGAGAUAUGACGAGGAGGAGCAAGAUAGUGAUGUGGAGUUUGCGCUAAGAGAAGAGCAAGAUAGUGAUAUGGAAGACGAGCAUCAAAUUGAAUUGUCGGACUAUCAGCUGUACAAGGUCUUAGGUAAACGCCAGGAAGAACUACGAAAAUUGUGUGUGCGUGGAAUAAUACUAAGAGAAUUGAGUGGACCAGAACUAUUCCUAGGUAGAUCAAACUCUAUGUAUGAUCAAAGUGAAAAUAAACAAAACAAUCAAAGUGAACAACAGAAGUCUAAAAAACAAGAAGAAAGUAAAAAAAGGGAACAACGAGCUAAUAGUGAAAAACAAAACCGUAAUACUUCUGGAUCGACAUCUGUAUCCCCGCAACCACCGCAGCCACCGCAGGGCAACAAAGACAACAAUGAAAAAGGCAAAAAAAACAAUAAACUGACCUUCUUUGAGAACUUUCUGACAUUAUUAAGAAAAAUUUUGAACAUUGUGUACGGCAAAAAACGUGAACCUUUUUCUAUUCUAUUUCAAGAACUUUCAAAAGCAGACAAGAAAUAUUUAAAAAAAAUCCUCCAAACCCUAGUGAAUUCUAGUUCGCUAGAGGCGGUGAUUGAAUUAGUUAUAAGAAUGUUUCAACAACACUUCCCUCAAGAUAUCUCAUUCUUAAAUUUCAUUUCCCUCUUGGAGUUUACCCAAUCUUACGUUAUGGAGGAGGUAAAAGACCGCACUCUUAUUUCAAGUGGAACUGAGACAGCAGAGGCGAAAAUGACACCUAAAGAACGUCGUGAUAAAAUUAUCUUUGAGAUCGCUAGCGAAGAAGAUAUUGUUCAAAAAUUAUUUGAACAAUUUAAAGAACUAAAAAUUGAAAUCGAAGCUGAAACUGAGGCAUGGAACAAACAAUUUCCCAACUUUCGAGAUAUUUUCGCAGCGGUAUACCACUACUUCAAACACAGAAGAUUGCCCCAUGACGGGAAAAUACUUUCCGUCAAAGAAUAUUACGACUGGAUAAGGAAAUACUUAAAAGAAGUCGAGCAGACACAAAAAUUUACGAAACUAAAGCAAUCUAAUCGAACAUACGUUCAUCAAAUAUUUGAAUCACAAUUUCGUAGACGUUUCAAGAUUGUUCUUAACUGUCACGGAGAUGAAAUUGUUUUGACUGGCGAGCUGCCUUCCUUGGAGGUCUCUGGUUUAAGCCAAAAAGUCGGCGUGUCGUUAGUCGCAAUGACGCGCGACGCCGCCGCAGUAAUCCGCUCAGCGCCGUCGCAGAACCAAGAAAAGCGCUUCGGAUAUGACGACUUCGUGGAAAUACCGACGGGAUAUAGAUAG